AUGAAGGGGCUGUCCAGCAGCCGCAGCCACCACCACGUGAUGGCCUGCGAGCCCUCGUACGACAUGAUGGGCUACCACCACCACGCCGCCGCCGAGCGCAGCAAGCCGUACCUCAUCAGCCAGGUGGACGCGCCGCACCCGGCCGACCACCCCUACUACGCCCAGCGCAGCGUCACCUCCUCGCCGUACCAGCCCGACUGCGUGGUGCCGUACGGGACCUUCCCGCGCCGCCACUACAGCUCGCACCACGAGCUCAAGGACGAGUGCGCCCUGGUGCCCUACGUGGGCGGCGGCGGCGGCGGCGGGGGCAGCGGCUCGGUCAAGGGCAACCGGAUGCCCGUCAACCUGCUGGACCAGUUCGAGCGGCAGCUGCCGGCGGUGGCGAUGGCGGCGGCGUCGUCGCGCGACGGCUACCACACGCUGCAGUACAAGCGCACGGCGGCGCUGGAGCAGCGCAGCGACAGCCCCGGGCGCAUCCGCCACCUGGUGCACUCCGUCCAGAAGCUCUUCACCAAGUCCCACUCGCUGGAGGGCCCCCACCAGGUGCACCACCACCACUCCAAGGGCAGCGUGAACGGAGGGAGCUGCAAGGUGAGCCCCGACAGCGAGACGCCCACGCUGCGCCAGCGCAAGCGCAGCAAGAGCCGCGAGCGCUGCAAGUCGGCCGAGCCCAAGAACCGCAUCGCGUCGCCGCACGGCGCGCCUGCCUCGGGCUACUGGAGCUCGGACGACAACCUGGAGCGCGACGUGUGCCUCUACCGCAGCCCCACCGUGCCCUCGGCCGGCGUCAUGACCAUGGGCCGCCACCCGGACAAGUCGCAGUCGCAGUACUUCCUGGAGGCCUACAACACCAUCAGCGAGCACACGCUCAAGACGUCGCGGAGCAACAACGACGUGGGCAAGUGCUCGACGUGCGCCAUCGGCGGCGGCGGCGGCGGCCUUAGUGGGCCGCUGGCCGUGGAGGCCGCCCAGCAGCUGGUCAAGAAGAGCUCGUGGUCGUCCUCUCUCACGGUGAGCAGGGCCCGGGAAGUCUACCAGAAGGCCUCGGUGGUAAAUGUAGAUAAGGCGCUAGUGAAAGCUGAGGCUUGUCAGCAGGAGCGCUCUUGCCAAUACCUGCAGGUGCCGCAGGACGACUGGGGCGGAGGCUUCACGCCGCUGGCCAAGGAGGACGACAUCCCGUGCCGGCGCAUGCGCAGCGGCAGCUACGUCAAGGCCAUGGCGGAGGAGGACAGCGGCGACUCGGACGGCAGCCCCAAGCCCUCGCCCAAGAUGCAGGCGCGGCGGGCCAGCUACCUCAAAGCCACGCAGCCCUCGCUGACCGAGAUGACCACUCUAAAGAUCUCCACCGAGCACUCGCCGAAGCUGCAGAUCCGGAGCCACAGCUACCUGCGGGCGGUGAGUGAGGUUUCCAUCAAUAGGAGCCUGGACAGCCUGGACCCCAAAGCCCUGCUCGCCUCACCCCAAUACCGCUCGCGAAACGAGAGCUACAUGAGGGCAAUGAGCACCAUCAGCCAGAUCGAGGCCGUGUGCGAGUCGGUGUUCAGCGAGAUGGAGUCGCAGGCGGUGGACGCGCUGGACCUGCCGGUGCCCGGCUGCUUCCGCAUGCGCAGCCACAGCUACGUGCGCGCCAUCGACCAGGGCUGCUCGCAGGACGACGAGGUCGGACCGCUGCUGCCCGCCUCGCCGCCCCGGACCACCACCACCGUCCGCACCAUCCAGAGUAGCACAGUGUCCUCCUGCAUCACCACCUAUAAGAAGACGCCUCCGCCCGUGCCCCCGCGCACCUCCACCAAGCCCUUCAUCUCCAUCACGGCGCAGAGCAGCACCGAGUCGGCGCAGGACGCCUACAUGGAGGGCGGGGUGGGCCCGCGGGGCAUGGGCAUGGGCAUGGGCGGCGGCAGCGGCGAGGGCCGGGCGCUGCACUCGGGCCUGAGCAACUCCACGGAGAGCAUCGACAGCAUGAAGGCGCUGACCGCCGCCAUCGAGGCGGCCAACGCCCAGAUCCACGGGCCGGCCAGCCAGCACGUGAGCAGCAGCAGCGCCAUCGCCGCCAUGGCCCUCUCGCUGGCCAGCUCCAGCGCCUGCACCUCCGCCUCGCCCUCCCCCGCGCCCUCCAUGCUGCUGCCCUCAGCCGAGGAGGCGCGGCGCGAGGCCCUGCGCAAGAGCCGCUGCCUCUCCAUCGGCAUCCAGGACCCGUCGAAAUUCCAGUCGGUGGGAAUUCAAGUGGAGGAGGAAAGAGCCGUGACGACGGCCGUGCAGGCCGACCUGGACACGCACGAGCUGGCGGAGAGCCCCGGCGAGUCGCCCGACGCCGAGCUGCCCGUCGCCGCCACGGCCUCCACGGCCUCCACCUCCACCUCGGCCUCGGCCUCGGCCUCGGGCGCCUCCACGCCGGGCGUCCUGUCGCGGCAGUACUCGCGCGACGCCGCCACCUCCACCGUCAGCAUCCAGGGCUCGGGCAACCACUACCACGCGUGCACCUCCGACGACUACGAGGACGUGGUGGGCUUCGACCCGUCCAUCCUGCCGCCGCCCGACCCGUGGAUCGACAGCGUGACGGAGGACCCGCUGGAGGUGGUGGGCCGCUCGGUGUGCCAGCGCGACGGGCACUGGUUCCUCAAGCUGCUGCAGGCCGAGACGGAGCGCAUGGAGGGCUGGUGCCGCCAGAUGGAGCAGGACGAGCAGGAGAACGAGCUGCCCGACGACAUCCUGGGGAAGAUCCGCAGUGCUGUGGGCAGUGCUCAGCUUCUCAUGUCUCAGAAAUUCCAGCAGUUCAGAGAGCUCUGUGAGGAGAACCUGAACCCCAAUGCCCACCCCCGGCCCGUGGCCCAGGAUCUGGCUGGGUUCUGGGACAUGCUGCAGCUGUCCAUCGAGAACAUCAGCCUCAAGUUCGACGAGCUGCACCAGCUCAAAGCCAACAACUGGAGGCCCCUGGACCCACCUGAGCGCAAGGAGCGCAAGCUGCCUCCCCCAGUGCCAAAGAAACCCCCGAAAGGCCACCCGCCGCUGGCCAGAGACCGCUCUCUGGAGAGCACCGAGAAGCAGCGGCAGGAGGCGCGCAAGCGGCUGAUGGCGGCCAAGCGGGCCGCGUCGGUGCGGCAAAACUCGGCCACGGAGAGCGCAGACAGCAUUGAGAUCUAUAUCCCGGAGGCCCAGACCCGAUUAUAAGCCUCUGUGAUGACUUCUUACACACACACACACACACGCACACACACACGCGCACACACACACACACUUAUUUGCACACACACACACACACACACUUGCUCUUGCACUUACUCACCACCCUAAAACACUAGAGCCUAGGCCAUAUUAAAGAAUAGCUCCUCAGGCGUACAGUGGACUGUAAGCCACAUGCACACUCACCAACUCAAUCACUCAAAGACUCUCUUACAUCGAAUCAAACUAUAUAAAUGCAUACAUACCAUAUAGAUUUGUAUUCACACUGCCAAUGCCAGGCUGGGGAUGUAGUUACAGCACAUACACACACUCACACACACACACACACACACACACACACACACACACACACACACACACACACACACACACACACACACACACAAAGACAUAUCUAACUGUUUGAACUGACAGACAAACAUAGACAUAUUUGUAUCUUUUCUCGUACUCGGACAGCCAUCUCAGACACACUGACGUAGAGACAUGUGCAUAGCACAAGCGCACUCAACGGGACGGGCAUCGGCAUGGGCACAACCCCGGGCACAAACACAGACGCACUUACCACUGAGGUGACAGGGCAGGGUGCUUGUAAAAUAAUCUCUCAUGUGUCUCUUUUUUUUCUGUAGGGGAUAAGAGGAAUGCCACACAUUUAGUUCUCUGUCUCUUUUCCUCCACCCCUCCUUCAACUUCCCCUCUUCAUCCCUCUCUUUCUCUCUCUCACUCCAAACCACCAGAUUAUAGCCCUCGACCAAACGCUUUCAUGUAGGUUCUGUCCAGUAAAAGGAAACAAAAAAUGUUGGAAAAAAAAAACGGACCCUUCUCAUCCAAAGGCUCUGCCAGUGCCACUGUUGUAUCUCAUGAUCUGCAUCACCAGUCUCCCGUAGGCACCGUCCAGUAUUCAACCCGUACGCCUGGUCAUCGGCCUUCCUGCCGGUUCGGCAGGUCGCACCCCGUGAUUUUUAUUUCCCUCAAAAAACGAGGCCAAGGCGUUCCAAGAGUGAUUGCUGAAACGGAAUGUCAACCUAGGACAAAAAAAAAAAAAGCAACACACGAGAAUGAACAUCUGCCGCAUCAGACGCUCUCUCUAAUAGCCAUUCUUUCCGGUUGUGCUACGCCGGGACUUCUCUGCACACUCGAGGCCAUGUUAUUGUGUGUGGUGUUUGGAUGGUGGAGUGGGCCCCGGCUUAAGAUGGCUGCCUUUCGCACAAUGUUGGAUACCAGAAACAUUUCACAGACUGAUUCACCAGAUGCCACUACUGCCCGUCUGAAGCGAUUCGUCCACCUUUCUUUCUUCUUUGUUUUUUUUUAUGUUUGAUUGUACCAUAAUUGGAAAACAACAAUGGUGAACACAGAACAGGGUAUAAAAUGCUUAAGCAAUAUUUGUUUGGAGUGCAAACGGACAAACAACCGUGGCCAUGUGUGCGCUGUAACCUUGUGGUGUGGAGAUCCUUUUUUUUUUUGGCAAAGGUUGGCUCACAGACUAUGAAAAGGAUGCCUUCACUAUUCUGUAGCUAAAUAUCUGUUUCUUUUUAAUGCUGAUGCUUGCUAUUGUGAACGAGAGUCAUUGCUCUUACACCAGAGAGAGAAUGUAUUUUCUCUCUCAGAACCUCUCAUGUCAUUUGUGGGUUAUCCCAAGAACACACACUAUUCUUUCAUGUAUAUUUCAAUAAGCGACUUCCUGGUCUAUUUCUAGAAUGGGGAUCUUAUGUGAAUUUGUAUGUUAACUCUCAGAGGGGCUCUGGCACUCUAAAACACACACACACACACACACACACACACACACACACAAACACACACACACACCACAACACUAAAAAGUGACAGGACUUCUAAAUGCAAUGUUUCACCUGAUUUUGUUUUUCUACAUGAUCUAUUUCCAGUAGCAAGUUCAGUGGCUUACUGAUUAUUCUCUCGAAACUUUCUCUUGAACUCGGCUGUCUUUCUGGCGUUCGUGGGAAAGGCGUGUUAGCGUAAGCAGGUGUGGUGAGUCCCGGGUGUGGGGGGGCGCGCGUGCGUCUGAGAGGACCCAGUGAGUCGCCCUGUCAAACCCUGCGGCCUGGUGGACACAGAGCAGUUCAACUCUCAGGAAGAGGUGGGGAUGUGGCUGGUGCAGCAAAAAUCAGGGUCUCCCGCUGGUGGUGUUCUCCCUCUGUGUGUGCGUGUUUGUGUGUAUGUUUGUGUGUGUGUGUGUGUGUGUGUGUGCGUGCGUGUGUGUGUUUUGAGAGAAUGUGAGCUGGC